AUGACACGAGAGCAGUAUAUACUAGCAACACAGCAGAACAACCUGCCAAGGACUGAAAAUCCUCAGUUUUAUCCAGUAGGCAUUUAUGGAUGGCGAAAGAGGUGCUUAUACUUCUUUGUCCUUCUGCUGUUGGUUACCAUGAUUGUUAACUUAGCAAUGACAAUCUGGAUAUUGAAGGUUAUGAAUUUCACAGUGGAUGGAAUGGGGAACCUGAGAGUCACCAAAAAAGGAAUACGACUUGAAGGUGUAUCUGAAUUUCUACUUCCACUUUAUGUGAAAGAAAUCCACUCCCGAAAGGAUAGCCCACUGGUCUUACAGUCUGACAGGAAUGUAACAGUGAAUGCAAGAAAUCACAUGGGACAAUUAACUGGACAACUAACUGUAGGAGCUGAUGCUGUGGAGGCCCAGUGUAAGCGAUUUGAAGUGAGAGCAAAUGAAGGUGGAAAGCUACUGUUUUCUGCAGAUGAAGAUGAGAUCAUCAUUGGAGCUGACAGACUCAAAGUAACAGGCACAGAAGGGGCAGUGUUUGGGCACUCUGUGGAGACACCCCAUAUCAGAGCAGAACCUUCCCAAGACCUCAAACUUGAAUCUCCAACUAGAUCUUUAAUAAUGGAAGCUCCCAGGGGAGUACAAGUUAGUGCUGCUGCAGGAGACUUAAAGGCCACCUGCAGGAAAGAACUGCACUUGCAGUCCACAGAAGGGGAGAUAUUUUUAAAUGCAGAUACAAUCCGACUGGGAAAUCUACCCAUGGGUUCCUUUUCAUCUUCCUCACCUAGCUCUUCAGCUCCUCGACAGACUAUCUACGAAGUCUGCGUCUGUCCCAGUGGUAAACUUUACUUGUCCCCGGCAGGAGCAGGCUCCACGUGUCAAUCCAGUAGCAACAUCUGCUUGUGGAGCUGAACUGACUCCAAUUUUUCCUCACACCAGAAUAGCCUUUGUUACUGUCCCUCUGCUUCACAAUUCUGCCCGGUUUCCCUUGUGACAAGUCAGAAGCUUCAAAUGGCCUGCAGAGCAACUUCUUCCAGCAUAAGCAGGAAUACAAUGCUGCCUUCUCUUGUGGCUCACGUCACCACUCAAUGUAGAGAUGGGAGUGAGAUAUUCAGAAAUAAAUGUAGUCUUCAUCAGGAAACCUGGAUCAUAAAACCACCUUUUGUCCAAAAGGGAGAAUAACACAGGUGCCUUUGCUACAUGAAGUGAAGCACAUAGUUUUAGAUUUUUGCAGGACCUGGUUAUGAACUGCACAUAUAUAUACGGUACAUAUACAAAUUUGCCCAGAAUCCAAUGGUGAGAUGAAUUGGUAAUCCCUGUAUGAUAAAUAACUUUACUGUCUGAAAGCACAAUUUUCCAUUCAUCUUUUUGGAUGUAAACUUUUAUCCCUGAAUUUUAAAAUUUUGAAGCAUUGUGUGAUGCUUGCUUUACUAAACAAUUAAAUUCAGUACUUGGUUUUUAACAAAAAAAGAGACAGAAUCCCUCCCUGAGUUUUGUUUCUUUAAAAUAGUGUGUUGUUACUCUUUGUCUAUUAAUCUAGGGUUUUGUACAUUAGGUAAAUUUUGGAAGCGCUGAGCAAUAUUACCUUUCCAGAGUGAAAAAGACAUCUGCUCUUGUUUAUCAAAUCUGAAUGGCCUUACGCAGUAAUUUCUUGGCUACUGCAUGUGAAGUGAUUGCUUUAAAUAAAACAUACAGCUUAUGGAUUGAACAAGAUAAAGAGGGAAAUGGAAUGAUAUGGAAAUGGCUGAUAAAAUUGUUACUUUUCACAAGGUAAUUUAUGGUUGGCAAAAAAGAAAAGAAAAGAAUAUCUUUGAAGGUACAUCUUGUCUCCUUUAUAGCCAUGUCUAACUGCUGCCAUUUGAACACAGUGCAAACACAUCAGUACUAAUGUAAUGCAUAACAUCAACAAGCAGUACACUAACUACAUUUAUUAUCCUUUUUGUUUACUGUGUUUUAUUAAAGUUUUCAAAGUGAUAUCAUUAAAAAUACACGGCCAUAUAUUAAAUGAAAUAGAAUAUUAAUAGGUACAUUGAUAUUAUGUUGACACCUUCAGGUCCGUGUUUAAAUAAUGCAGCCGUAUUUUCACUCAUCUGUCAAUAUUUACCUACUAUUUGCCUGAUAUGGGAUUUCUUUAUCAUAUUUCAUUACCUGCUUUGCUUUUUCUUGGUAAUUGGACUCCAGUAAAUGACAGUAUGGUAUGCUGCUGAUAAAUUUGUCAUAACACUUUUUUAACAAGAGUAUCUUGAAACUUGCAGAACCCAGGAAUGUAAAACAUAUAAAAAUAUUCCCUAUUGUGAAGAUGACUUGAUUACAAUAAGGUAAGUGUGUGUUUUAAUAUGUUUUGAACUCUCCCAUCCAACUCAUAGUAUUAGCAGCUUCUGAACAUAAGGACUUUUUUGUGAUAUCUUUUAUUGGGCUAAAUACACAGCUGGGAGAGCUAUUGGACAAGCUUUUGGGCAUCAAGUGCCCCUUCUCAGGUCUAAGAAAAAGGAGGACACAUUUUGACCCUACUGUAGCAUUCUAAAGUGGUUCAAAAGGCAGGGAAAGCAUUACAAGGUAGGUACUUGUGUCCAAUAUGCAGUUUACCAAAAAAGGGAAAGCAAGAAAAUGAGCAACCAUAACAAUAUGGCUAAUUUUCUACUUUAUUCUCAUUUCACAGAAUUUAUUUUGUUUUCUCCAGGUGAUCUUCACCCAUGCAGAAGACCAACAAAAGGGAUUACACCAUUUAACUGGUGUUUGAACUUUUGUUGUCCCUCUUCAGAGGCUUGAAGUUCAUUCUGUGGGAAGAAUUAUAUCUCCUGCUUCUGAACAAAAAAUUUAAAAUAGACUCUUGAAGCACUCAAAAGAUGGGUGUUAAGCCAGUUAAAACUGAUUUAAACUUCAUUUUGGAAAUUUUAGUUCCUUUAUUUAAUAGGAGAAAAAUAUAUCAAACACUAGCCUUUAUUUUCCUUCUCUUCUUUUUUUUGAACAGGCCCCUUCAUUACAAUGCAGAGUAUAAAGAAAUAUGAAAAGAGAGUUUAGGGAUUUUGGUUAUACAGUUAAUAUUCAAAGAGCCUUCUAAGGAAAGAAAUAUCUUUCACUUGUGCUCACAGGUAAUACAAUGUUUAUGUAGACAAAUUAUAUUUAAAGGGAGUGGAUGGCUGCACAAUAUCAUGUAUUCAAUUACCUAUGCUUAUCUGCUGGUAAUUUAGAAGAUGGACAAAUAAUAUGCAAUGAGUAAUUUAUUCAGUGAAGAUAAAUCUUCAGCCUGUUCCCAAACUGUCUGUACGCAGACUCAGAGUCUUCUUUACCAUCCAGAAUGUUACGAUGAAGUUAUAUGCAAAUGAGUGAAUUUAAACCUAAGGAGUGGUGUACAGUGUUGCAAGUAUAUCAUGCUGUGAGUCUAUUCAUUUGCUAUAUGAGCUGUAAUAGUCACCUGAAGCACAUAUGAAGAUUCCUGGCUGAAUGAUCCAUCCUUUAUGAGUUCCUUUACUUCUGCCUAAAUUGAAUUUUGUUACAUCAAAACACAAACAAAAAGAAGAGAGUUUUGUGAAGAAAGCUCAGUGUUUCCAACUCUCACCGUGGUAUUCUUUAAUUUAAGCUCAAACUCCUGGUAACAAUUCAAAUAUGUGAGAUGCCCCAUUUAAAUUUUUUUAAAGUACAUCUGUAAUCUGUGAGAUUGCAAAGAAAACUUGCAUGUGUGACUAGAGCACUCCAUUAGGCUAAAAGAAGAAGGCAGAUUACAAGAAAAAAGUCACUAUUCAUAAGCCAAUAUAAUGAUUUCAUGGGAGCCCGAUUAAUGAUUUUUGAAUGUUUGAAGUUGACGGUAGCUAAACACUCAUGUGCACAUGAGAAAUGCAAAAACAAGCAAGAAGGGCUGCUAAGACAAACAAAAUGUAGACGUUUCAAAACAGAU